ACUCUCUUAACCAAUCAGCUGUCAAGUAUGCAAGCCACUUCCUUUUCACUUCCGCGUCUCGUCUCGUCGUCUAGGGUUAGCAAACAAUGCGGUUCCGAUUCUGUGGAGAUUUGGACUGCCCCGAUUGGGUACUUGCCGAAAUCAGUACCCUGGCAAAAAUGUCCAGUGUCAAAAUGAAACUCCUUUGUGCCCAAGUGCUGAAAGGUCUCCUCGGGGAAGGUAUUGAUUAUGACAAAGUUACAAAGCUUACAGCUGAUGCAAAGUUUGACAGUGGAGACAUCAAAGCCAGUGUGGCCGUGCUCAGCUUCAUUUUAUCCAGUGCGGCCAAGCAUGAUGUCGACAGUGAAUCUUUAUCCAGUGAGCUGCAACAGCUCGGUCUGCCUAAGGAGCACACAAUGGGGCUGUGCAAGUCAUAUGAAGAUAAACAUUCCGCAGUGCAAGACAAACUUAGAGAGACCAGCUUGAGAUUGGGUCGACUAGAGGCGGUCUCUUGGAGGGUGGACUACACACUCAGCUCCAGUGAGAUGAAGGAAGUUAACAAAGCGGUGGUUCAGCUAAAGCUACAGGCUCAAGACGCCGAGUCGGGCUCAUCAAAAAGCACAGUGGUCUCGCUCUCUGCUGACAAGUUCAGAGUCUUACUUUCAGAGCUCAAACAAGCCCAGACUAUGAUGAAUGGUUUACAAUGACCAAAGCUAAAAGCAAAUGCUUUUACAAUUUUUCUUUGUGUGUGUGUAUAUUUCUGAUUAAAUGUACUAAUGUACUGCUCUUGAACUAAUAUUUAGUUGUAUUUUCUACCUGAAUGUUCUCGUGUUAAUAAAAAUAUUAAAAUGUCUAA